AUGCAUUGCAACUGUCAUCCUAUCAAUUUCUAUCUAUCUAUCUAUCUAUCUAUCUAUCUAUCUAUCUAUCUAUCUAUCUAUCUAUCUAUCUCAGUCGGUUUGUUAUCUAUCUAUCUAUCUAUCUAUCUAUCUAUCUAUCUAUCUAUCUAUCUGUCUAUCUAUUUCAGACGGUUCGUUUCUAUGUAUUUAUUUGUCUAUCUAUCUAUUUACCUACUUCAGUUUGUUCGUUAUCUCUCUGUUCCUCAUCUGUCUGUCUAUCUACCUCACUCUGUUCGUUAUCUAUCUAUCUAUCUAUCUAUCUAUCUAUCUAUCUAUCUAUCUAUCUAUCUAUCUAUCUCAUUCUGUUCAUUUCUAUCUAUCUAUCUAUCUAUCUAUCUAUCUAUCUGUCUGGCACUCGUUCUUUCUGUAUAUUUCUUUUCCUUUUUUAUACUUCUCAUACAUCACUUUUCUUUUUCUUUCACUAGUCUCUCAUUUAUUACUGAAGAACUUCUUGUCCUUGUGCUUUUAUCAGUCCCUUAUUCAUUUCAGAAAUUCUUUUUCUUUCUUUUUUUUGUCGAUUAUUCCUUUAAAAUAAUAUUUUUUCUUUCUUCAGUCACUUAUUCUUUUAUUUUCUUUAUUUCUCUUUUUAUUCCUUUCUACGCAUCAUUUCCCUUAAUUACUUUCUUUCUUUCUUUCGUCCCCUAUUCAUUUCUUUCUUUCUUUCUUUCUUUCUUUCUUUCUUUUUUCUUCAGCCCCUUAUUCAUUUUUAUAUAUUAUAUAUAUUUCUUUCUCUAUAUAUCUUUAUAUCUCUUUCUUUCUUUCUUUCUUUCUUUCUUUCUUUUUUCAGCCCUUUAUGCCUUUCUAUAUUGUUUCUCUUCUACUUCAUCUCUUAUUCCUUUCUAUAUUACAUUACUUCCUCUCUUCCUUCCUUUACUAACCCUAUUCAUUCCUUUCUUUCUUUCUUUCUUUCUUUCUUUCUUUCUUUCUUUCUUUCUUUCUUUCUUUCUUUCUUUACAACCUCUAUUCAUCUGUUUCUUUCUUUCUUUACUACUUCUGUUCGUCUCUUUCUUUCUUUCUUUCUUUCUUUCUUUCUUUCUUUCUUUCUUUCUUUCUUUCUUUCUUUACAACCUCUAUUCAUCUGUUUCUUUCUUUCUUUCUUUCUUUCUUUACUACUUCUGUUCGUCUCUUUCUUUCUUUCUUUCUUUCUUUCUUUCUUUCUUUCUUUUCUUUACAACCUCUAUUCAUCUGUUUAUUUUUUUCUUUCUUUCUUUCUUUCUUUUUUCUUUCUUUCUUUACUACUCCUGUUCGUCUUUCUUUCUUUCUUUCUUUCUUUCUUUCUUUCUUUCUUUCUUUCUUUCUUUCUUUAUUGCCCCUAUUCAUUUCUUUCUUUCUUUCUUUCUUUAUUGCCCCUAUUCAUUUCUUUCUUUCUUUCUUUCUUUCUUUCUUUCUUUCUUUCUUUUUUCUUUUCUUUCUUUCUUUCUUUCUUUCCCAUUCUCUCUUUAG